GUCAUGUGCUCGGAAAGGAAACGUGUGAACAUGUCCGAUCAGUGUUAAGUUGGAAAACAUUACUCUUUAUGAAAACAGUCAACUCUGUACGUUACUUAUUUCCGAUAAAAGGGUAAAUAGAGUGUCCGACCUGCAGUGAUCUGGUCAAAUCUGGAGCAAACCAUGAAGCGAAAAGGCCAAAACAGGGGAGCGUCGUCGUCCGGGCAACCGUCGGCUGACUAUGUGGUGGGUCAGGUGUCGGGAAGUUUAUUCCAGCAGAACUCUGCAGCCUCCGGAUCUCUGUCAGGUUUAUUCAGCAGCGCCGCUCCAGCUGCUCCGGUGCUGUUCCAGCCUGCUCCCAAGGUCGUUCCAAAGAGUGUAGAAACAUCCAAGCAGCAGAAGGAAGGUCCGGGGGUCAGAGAUGGAGCCGGUCAGCAGAAGAAGAAGAAAAAGCCGCUCAAAGAGAGAUCAGAAGCGGACCUGAAGCUGGAGAACAGGGAAAGCGGUUUACAGACGGCUGACGAUGACGAGCGAGGGCAGAACGUGUCGGGGAAGAAGAAGAGGAAGGCGUCAGAGUUGGGGAAAGAGCGCGAUGCCGAGCACUGGGUGCUGAAGCGGCAGAGGCUGAGGGCCAGUAAAGUGGAGGAGGCCUCGAAGACAAAGAGGACUGUGUUCGUGGGAAACCUGCCCAUCAGCUGCAACAAGAAGACUCUGCGGACCAUCUUCAGGGAUAAAGGAGCCAUUGAAUCCAUCCGCUUCCGCUCUGUGAUCAGAGAGGAUCCCGCCAUGUCUCGAAAAGUAGCAGCUAUUACACGCAAAAGUCACCCCCAGAGGCAAAGUAUCAACGCAUAUGUGGUGUUUAAAGAGGAAGAGGGAGUCACCAAAGCUCUGGAGAGGAACGGCCUGGAGGUCGAGAAGGACUUCCUCAUCCGAGUGGACAGAGUGACCGACAGCUCAUCGCACGAUCACAAGCGCUCGGUGUUCGUGGGGAAUCUGUCCUUCGAAAUAAACGACCUGGCUUUCCGGAGACACUUCGAGGCCUGCGGAGCGGUGGAGGCCGUGCGGCUGGUGCGAGACCCGACCUCCGGGCUGGGGAAGGGAUUCGGCUACAUCCUGUUUGAAAACGCUGACUCGGUGCAGCUGGCGCUGGAGAUGGACGGGUCACAGCUGGAAGGGCGGGCCGUCCGCGUGAAGAGGUCGGUAAAGAAGGAGAAGCAGAAGAGUAAGCCAGAAGGCAAAGGACCCCCAAAUAAAGCGUCUAAGAAGCUGGCGAAGGGCCCGGGAGGGGAGCGGGGGGCCGGCCGGGGAGGAGGGUUCAAACCCCCCAAGAAGUUCGCCGGAAAUCGCCAGAAGGCAAAAGGCAAAAGUUCCUCCUCGUUUAAAGGAGAGAUGGUGGAUCCCAGCAAAAAGACAAAAAAGAAAGGUCUGAAGAAGAAAUUCAAGCCAAGGAAGAGGGAUCUCAAAUGAACUCUGAGGACAUAUUCAUCGUUUUGACCAGAACAAACUGGUAUUUCUGGUUCUUCUGACCGAAAGUCUGCAAAAACCCUGAGCUCUGAACGCACCGUUGUCAUGGCAACGCUGUUCAUCAGCGUUGCUUCAGAUCUCUUGUUCAGCCUCAACCCGUCUGUGUUCAGGUAGUUCACCCGGCUAAAGUGAUACAUCUGCUGUUCUGGAGAACAUUACACAAAUACAUUUCUUUUUAUUGAAA